UUGCAUGAACGCCGUAAUUUUGUAGACACCUAAGCGACAUAUUUUGUGAAUGCGCCAUAGUCCGGAUAAGACAGUAACACGUGUUACUACAGUACAUGUACAUGAACAAGCUGUAUAGAGGAACAGUCCAGGAUGAUCCUUUCUCAGCCUGACAAGGGCUGGUCAUGGGUCGCCUUAUUUGCGGCGUUUUUUGUUAUGUUUGUGGAGGGAGCAUUUAUGGGCGCUCUAGGCAUCAUACAUCUGGCCCUUCUUGACAGAUAUGCAGAGUCUAACAUGAAAACGGCUAUGGCGGGUUCCCUCUUUGUCUGCAUGAAUACUACUGGAGGUAUCCUAUGUAGUGCCCUGGUGGAGAGGUACAGCUGUCGUGUGGUAACAGUGACUGGUUCACUACUCUUUACCGUCGGACUCUUGAUCUGCGCCUUACCAGUGUCUCUGGAUGUGGUGAUGUUCGCCUAUGGAAUACUGGCCGGGAUUGGAAGCAGUUUGACAAACACGGCAGCUUUCAUUGUCGUGGGAUACAACUUUAAACAACGGAUAAAUAUAGCAAAUGGAAUUUCGGCUUCAGGGAUGUGUUUUGGAUCCCUUGUGAUGCCUCCGGUUGUGGAAAUGCUGCGCGCAUAUUACGGAAAUACGAUGAUCUUUGUGAUUCUAGGAUGUAUGUCACUUCAACAAGCUGUAUUGGGAGCUUUAUAUUUUCCGGCAUAUCUCGAACAUUCUAGAAAGAAACGGACACACAAUGAGAAGACAAAACAGUCAUCUUUGGUUAAAUCAGUGUGUUUACACUGGCUUAGGAUGUUGAAAAAUGCAUCUUUUAUAUGUAUAAUAGGCUAUUUGUGUCUAUUGCAGUUGGGUGCCUUCGUCAAUUAUUUACAUUUUCCCAAAUUCGUAACAACAUUGGGAUUCACUUCUAUGCAGGCUUCGUACCUGCUAACAGUGAAAGGAGUGUUUGCCUUUUUCGCCCGACUUUUACUGGCAGCUUUUGUGAACUCGAACAGUUAUAACAUAGACCUCACGACUUUAAUGUUCGGGACCUGCACUUUCAUGGCGUUAGCCAGUAUUCUACUUCCAUUUUACGGAACGUCUUUUCCUGGGCUAGUGAUUUUUUGUAUAUUUGGAGGAUUGUAUGGUGAUUCUGUUAUUGGGAUUCUGAAUGCCUUAAAUAUUGACAUAGUUGGAUACGACAACUUUGCUUCAGCAACCGGAAUUGAAUUUGCAGUUAUGGGAAUCGGGAUUUUUGUGGGACCAACCCUUGUAGGGCUCGUGAUUGACCUUGGGGGAACAUACACGUUUUGCUUCAGUGUUACAGGUGCCAUUCUUCUACUAGCUGGAUUUCUAAGUCUUAUAGCGGGGACAUUAAAAUCACCACAUCGGAAAGAGCUCGUACAGGGCGAUCAAGUAUUAGAUGUGUUUCUCGAACAAAAUAAUUCCAGCGAAGAAGAUCGAAACUUAUACAAAACGAACCUUUAAAUAUGAAAUGAUCAAACACUGAUAAUACAUCAGCAGGAAAUGUUAAACCCGAUAAACAACACAGAGAAUCUGGAAAAUAAUCUUUUUAUGCAUGAGUUUAUAUGAAUGACUGAUACGAACGGCUGAGCGGGAUUCUAGUACUGUAAUAUACCUUGUUUCCUGCCAUUGCUGUUGCUCAGUCGAUAGUUCUAGUCUGCGAGUGGCACUUUACAACAGUAAUUAAGUGUAGAUAGGUCCAAUUCCUUUACAUGUAUACUUCUCAAACUGUAAUUUGAAGUUGUGAGAUAUAAUUUUGUUGAGCCCAUAUUGUAUCUAAAGUACGAAUAAAUCUGUACGCAGCAUAUCAUAUUAAAUACCCAGGGAGUUGUCUGGAAACAUUGAUGUGCAAUUAUGAUGUGCUACCCAUUCUCCCAACAUGUUGGAUUACAUACGAUCACAUUAAAGCGCUAUAAUCAGGCGGUGCAAUUGUCUAAACCUAGACUAAAGUUGGAUUGUACUUUUGCAGCCCUGACACCUUCAGUCUAUGUUCAAAUUGAGGAUCGCCGACUUAAAGCGCUGUGAUGUUAUUGCUAAACUGUAUACUUGUAUCUCAUAUAUUGUUAUGUUUAAUGUAUGGAUCCGCUCAGUACAACAUUUAACAAAAAUGUCGCCCAAAAAGUGACAAUGAAUAAGAAAACAAAUAUCAUACGUAUGUACAUGUAUAUAGAUCUUAUUUGAUCAUGGCUCAAUAGCUCAAUUAAGAGAUACAUUUCUAUACGGCAAUUGGAAGUAUAUAGGCACAUGACAAAUUGUUUCUGGGUUUGUGUGGCUGUAGGUGUGUAAAUGUCCUCGCGAAAGCCAUUAUUAAGGUCAUAUGAACACGUGUCUUGGGAGACUCUUCGAAAAGUACGGAAGCGCGAAAAGAAAGUGUUACAAUGAUGGCAGCAGAACAAUUCUGUGUUUUUAAGAAGACACAAAAGAGAGACAAUCCCCAAUGCUGCAGGAACCCUCACAGUAGCCGCAUCUUACGACCUGCAGCGGGGUACAUUAGACCUAUACUUUUCCUGAACACGAACGAAUAAACACCGUCAAUUUUAC